GAACAAAAAUCAACAGACGGAGAGAGUAUAUUACACAUAUUCUUGAGAUAUUUAUUUUUAGAAAUGGCGCAAGUAAUUUGAAUCGGAGGAGUAUUUUUGUUCUAUAAAUAGCUUUGCCUUGCCCCCAUCUACUUAACAUUCUACUCGACCUCUCUACUACUAAGUUAAUCAAAUUAACUUAGUAAAAAUGAAAGCUAGUCAUCCAUGGCUAAUUUUGCCGCUGCUAAUUUUAGCUACUGUACUCACAGUACACUCAUCUGAUAAUGAUGACGUGUCGCCGGAAAAGUUCAAAUUGGACACCGGAGGUUUGAGUAGAGACAGUUUUCCCAAGGGAUUUAUAUUUGGUACAGCAACAUCAGCGUACCAAGUUGAAGGUGCUGCUAGCACUGAAGGCCGUGGACCUAGUAUUUGGGACACUUUUAUUAAACAAUCUGGAGUUGUACCAAACAAUGCCAAUGGAGAAAUCUCUGUCGAUCAAUACCAUCGAUACAAGGAGGAUAUUGAUCUGAUGGCGAAUCUCAACUUUGAAGCUUAUCGCUUCUCAAUUUCGUGGUCAAGGAUCUUCCCAAAUGGAACUGGUAAAGUGAACCAGAAGGGAGUUGCUUAUUAUAACAGGUUGAUCGAUUAUAUGCUGAAAAGAGGUAUCACUCCAUAUGCUAAUCUUAAUCACUACGAUUUACCACAAGCGCUUCAAGAUAGGUACAAAGGAUGGUUGGGCCGUGAAGUUGUGAAAGAUUUUGCUGAUUAUGCAGAGUUUUGUUUUAAGACGUUCGGGGACAGAGUGAAGAACUGGUUCUCAUUUAAUGAGCCAAGAGUGAUUGCUGCUUUAGGAUAUGAUAAUGGAUUCUUUGCACCUGCAAGAUGCUCAAAGCCUUUUGGAAAUUGUACAGAAGGGGAUUCUGCAACUGAGCCUUAUAUUGUUGCCCACAAUCUCAUCUUGUGUCAUGCUUCUGCAGCACAAAGAUACCGUGAAAAGUAUCAGGCGAAGCAGAAAGGAAAGUUUGGCAUUCUCUUGGAUUUUGUGUGGUAUGAACCUCGAUCAAGGGGAAAAGCAGACAACUAUGCUGCUCAAAGAGCAAGAGACUUCCAUUUGGGAUGGUUCUUGCAUCCUCUUGUAUAUGGUGAGUACCCAAAAAACAUGCAAAAUAUUGUGGGCACACGAUUGCCCAAGUUCACUAAAGAAGAGGUUAAGAUGGUGAAGGGAUCAUUUGAUUAUGUGGGCAUAAACCAGUACACUGCCUACUACAUGUAUGAUCCUCAUUAUACCACACCACAACCCUUGGGCUACCAGCAGGACUGGAAUGCUGGAUUUGCUUAUGAUCGCAAUGGAGUGCCAAUUGGUCCUAGGGCACACUCAUAUUGGCUCUACAUAGUGCCAUGGGGUCUAUAUAAAGCUAUCAACUAUGUUAAAGAACACUAUGGAAAUCCUACCGUGAUUCUAGCAGAAAAUGGUAUGGAUUAUGCUGGCAACGUUACCCUCCCAAAAGCUUUAUAUGACACCAAAAGGAUCGACUACUAUAGAAGCUAUUUGAAAGAACUAAAGAAGACAAUAGAUGAAGGAGCUAAUGUAAUAGGCUACUUCGCAUGGUCAUUGCUCGACAACUUUGAAUGGAGAUUGGGUUAUACUUCAAGAUUCGGCAUUGUCUAUGUUGAUUUCAACACCCUCAAACGAACCCCAAAGAUGUCAGCAUAUUGGUUCAAGAAAUUGAUUAAGCUCCACAAGCAUUAAGGCAGAUAUGUCUGUUUCGAUUUUAGAGAACUUGAUACUCAUAAGUUGAGUACCUUAAUGUACCAAAAAACACAAAAUAAGUUGAGUUCUUUUGUUAGGCACUAGGUUUUCCAGUUACAGGAGUUCGAUAAAAAAAUUGUUAUUUCUGCAAUUUGGCACUUCUUUAUGUCUCUGAUGCUUGCAUUUUUCUGUACUAUCAAGGAAUGAAUAACAGAGUUUUAGCAUUGCUCAUCCUAA